AUGAAGAAAGGGAAAGCACCGGCGGCGAGGGGGGUGAAUGGCAGAGAAGCUAAUGGAUCUGGAGGAUCUAAUGAGGUCAGAUUCAGAGGAGUGAGAAAACGUACAUGGGGAAGAUUUGCGGCCGAGAUCAGAGACCCACAGAAGAAGGUUCGUGUCUGGCUGGGCACCUUUGAUUCUGCUGAGGAAGCUGCCCGGGCCUAUGACGCUGCUGCCCGCUCACUCCGUGGCCCUAAAGCUAAGACAAACUUCCCCUUGCCCCUAGAUGCUAACGCCUUCCCUGAUUUCAACCCUAGAAACCAUAUUCAACAACCGAUCAACAAUAACCCUAAUGAUCCAUUCAUGGAUCCCCGGUUUUACGCUGAGGACCACCAGAUCAUCGCCCAGCAGAGGCCCACCUCCAGCGGCAUGAGCAGCACUGUUGAGUCAUUCAGCGGACCCAGGCAGCUUCCACCGCGGCCACCGGCUUUCAUCCAGCAGAGGAGUCUCCCCAGGACGCCGUUUGAUCCGGAAGAGUGUCAUAGCGACUGCGACUCCUCCUCCUCUGUGGUUGAUGAUGCUGUAUGCGACAUCGCCUCAUCUUCUUGUAAAAAGCCCUUGCCUUUCGAUCUCAAUGAGAUGCCGCCUAUGGAUGACACUGAUGUGGACGAGCUUGCUUGCACAGCCCUCCGGCUCUGA